AACAGAACAUGGCCAAGAUGUUCAAAUGUUCAUAAAUGACCAUGUUCAUAAUUGUUGUCAUUUUUGUAUUUUUAAAAAUGGACAAAUGUAUAAAAUAUAAAUAGAGCAGCACAAAUGAAUUGGAAAUAGACAGGUCUAGCCCAUAUAUUAUCCUCUGAAAUGUUGUGUACAUAAUCACAUGGUGUCUGAAUGGAGAGUAUUGAUAGGCUCUUUAAUUUUUGCAAUGGAGGAGAUGGGAAGGAGUGUAAUGCAGAAGAAAAAGGUGACUGACCUGGAUGACAUAAGGAUGGGGUUCCACAUGCCCCCUUUCUCCUCUGUCCCUCACCUCCAUCUCCACGUCAUUGCUCCUGCCAGUCAGAUGAGCAUCAGGUCACUCAGGAACUAUGGGCCACAAUCCUAUUGGUUCAUCACUGUAGACAAAGUGCUCCAGCAGUUAAGGACCCAGAACCAGGUCAAAUAAGAAUACACCUGGUUUAGCAGGAAACAGCAGCACUGGUCAACAACUCUUACAUGGUUGACUGCAUUCCCUCCCUAUACUUAACAUCCACUAACCUGAAGGACUGGCCUGCAAAAAUAUUUGUUUUGUUUUUGGUUAAAAAAAACACAGUAAAAUCACCAGGAAUUCUGC